ACCACUUUGUGGAAAAGCGCAAAACUUGUGAAAUUUGCGUCUGAAAAUUUCCGCUGGGUUUUAAACAGUUAAAGUUGCUAAUAUAUUUGAUUGAAACAAAUUAUUUCUCUAAUAUGAGCGAGGAAGUAAAUUCUGAAGACGUGCUGCGCAUAUUGGUGGCAACUGACAAUCACUUGGGCUAUGCAGAGAAAAACGCGGUGCGCGGAGACGAUAGCUUCGUAACUUUUGAGGAAAUACUUCAACUGGCUGUGCAGGAAGAUGUUGACUUCAUUUUACUCGGCGGCGAUUUGUUUCAUGAUGCAGUUCCCAGCCAGAAUACACUGCACAACUGCAUGAAAUUACUACGGCGUUACACAUUUGGUGACAAACCGAUUAGCAUUGAAAUGCUUAGUGAUCAGUCGGUGAAUUUUCACAAUGCCACCAAUGAGACGGUCAACUACGAGGAUCCAAAUCUUAAUAUAGCUAUACCAGUAUUUUCCAUACAUGGCAAUCAUGAUGAUCCCAGCGGCUUUGGUCAACUUAGUUCGCUUGAUUUACUCUCGACAACUGGUUUAAUAAAUUAUUUUGGACGCUGGACCGAUCUCACAAAAGUUACUAUUAGUCCAUUACUUUUGCGCAAAGGUGAAACACAAUUGGCACUAUAUGGACUGAGUCAUAUACACGAUGCACGUUUGCGACGGCUAUUUGAGGAUUUUAAAGUCAAUAUUGCGUGUCCGGGACCCGAGGAAGGAGAAUGGUUUCACUUGAUGGUUUUGCAUCAGAAUCAUGCUGAUCGCGGUCCAAAAAGUAAUAUUCCAGAAGAAUUGCUACCUGAUUUUUUGCAUUUGGUUAUUUGGGGUCAUGAACACGAUUGCCAUAUAAAUCCUAAUUUUAAUGCGACACGUAACUUUUACGUUAGUCAACCGGGAUCAUCUGUUGCUACUUCGCUAGCUGAGGGUGAAGCGCUAAAGAAAUAUGUGGGCUUAUUGGAAAUACAUAAAACGCGUUUUCAAAUGAAACCGUUACCAUUACAAACCGUACGCCCAUUUGUUUUCGAUUCGGUCGAUUUGUCUCAAAUGACGGAAGAACUAAAGUUGGACGAAGGUGAUGUACAAAAUAAGGUUAUGGCUAUGGCAAAGGAGCGCGUUCAAAAUAUGAUAACAAAAGCAAAGGAGCAAUUCACCGGGCAUCCAAAACAACCGCAAUUGCCGCUUAUACGUCUGCGAAUACUCUUUUCAAAUGAGGAGCAAAUGUUUAAUGCGAUACGCUUCGGUCAGUCGUACAAUGAGCAGGUAGCUAAUCCAGCAGAUAUGAUACAUUUCAAAAAAGUAAUAAAGCGAUCUAAGGGCGAAAAUUCAGAAUAUGACAACGAAGCUUUGCGUAGCGCCUUAGAUAACAUUCAAGUGGAUGUGGGUAGUGAAAUGAAAAUCGAGAAUUUCAUUGAGCGAUAUUUUCAAGAAAUUCCAGCCAAACGCCGUUUAAAAAUUCUAUCACCACAAAUCUUGGCAGAAAUGUGCAAUCGUAUCGUAGAAAAGGGAGACGUAACCGCGGCUGACGGCAUUAUGAAACACUGUAAAGAAAGAGCUUUAGAGCACCUGUUGGAGACCCUACCAGCUGAUGACGAAAUCGAAGAAUCGUUAGAGGUCUUCAAUUCACAAUUAUCUCUCGACGAUGUACUAAAAAGUUUGGAUAAAACCGACUCAAAAGUGAAAGCAAAUACAAGUAGCUUUUCCUCAACCUCUACACUUAGCAAGAGCAGGCAAUCUACGCAAGUGAAGAGCAAGUCGACUGCUUUAAACACCAAUAAUAGCGACAGUGAUGAUGAACUUCGCAAAAAAAUGCCUAAACAGCAAUCAAAAGCAUCGAAGAACUUUUUCUUGGACGACAGUGACGAUAGCGAUUUAGAAGCUGCACCUCAGCCUACUAAAGGUACAAAAGCCGCACGUGGAAGAAAAACAACGAAAGCUGAAGCUACCACAAAAACAACUGCUGGCCGGGGGCGUGGUAGGGGACGUGGGCGAGGUGCUACGGCGGCGCCAACACGUUCCACACGACAAGCUUUGGAUGUAUCGGUAAACUCCACGCGUUCCUCACUAUUGGAGUCUUUGGCGAAUGCGCGUGCAAAGCGUGGCACCAAAGAUGCACACGUUAUCGAUAUUUCCGACUCGGAGUAAUUUGCUUUAUUUCCUCAUUAUUUAUUGUCAGUGCACAAGCAAAACGAAUUACUUUGAAGUAUAACUUGUCUUUGAUUAAAUUGUCACUUCGUUAAGCUUUACCUUAUUGCUCUGGUUCUUUGUUAUUUUCCGACCAAAGGACCAUAGCAAAAUGUAUCAAAUCUUGUUUUCUUCUCUACUUUUAUAUUUGAAAUAAACUAUUGGACUUUAUUUAAUAUAA